ACCAGGACAGAUUUGUGCUCAGUGAAUUGGGUGAUGUUUUUAGUAUAGAGCAGAACAGAAUUCCUAGGACUGUGUGUGAUGAAGUGCAAGGUCAAAAGGAAAAGACAGAAAAAGCAUGUUUUAAAGAUGAGAAGUAUUUGGAUACCUAUAACUGUCUGUCUAUACUGUAAGGUGCUUAAUCAGCAACUCCAUCUUUCAGUUUUAAAGGAAAAGUAGCCCUAAAGUCAGUAUAACUAAGGGUGGAAUGAGGUGGGACAAGGUCCAGAAUUACUGCUCAGUGAUGUGUGUGUGUGCUGCCUGCUGUUGGAGCUGGGACUGCCCAUCUCAGAAGGAUGGGGAUGCUUGAUUUCCAGGCCAGGUUGUCCCAGCACAGUGGGGACUGGCCCUGUUAUAUGAGGAAGACAGCACAUGGUGGCAGAGAUAGACACUAAGCCAUGGACUUUCCAAGGGAGGGAGUAGGUCUUUGGAGGGUAUGCAGGACAAAGGUAGACACUGGAUAAAGAACCAGAUAGUGCCCAGAUAUUACCCCGUCUGGGCCAUUGCUCCCACACUCAGGAACCAGACGUUGUGGGUGAGGACAUGCUGUCCCUCCUGCCAAGUUAAUAACUUCCUUCCCAACCAGGAUCCUGCCCCAAGCAGGAAUAUAGCUCUGCAUUUACAGCAGCUCCUCAGACCUUGUCAAAACCACCCUGCAACUCAGGAUUAAGGAGCGUGGUCACAGGAAGGUGGGGUUUCAGGGCAUCCCUCAGGAACUGCCCGUCUCCCCAGAAUUCCAUAAUGAAGGCCCAUAUACUUGUAGGUGUGCUGGUCAUGGUGGGCUUCACAGUGGGAAAGGUUCCUGUUCCCGACAUCCGGACCUGCCACUUCUGCCUCUUAGAAGACCCUUCUGUAGGAUGCAUUUCAGGCUCAGAGAAGUGUACCAUCAGCAGCUCAUCCCCAUGCAUGGUGAUCACCAUCUAUUAUGAUGUCAAGGUUCGCUUCGUCAUUCGAGGCUGUGGACAAUACUAUUCCUACCACUGCCAAGAAAAACGCAACACCUACUUCGUAGAGUACUGGUAUCAGGCCCAGUGCUGCCAGUACGAUUAUUGCAACUCCUGGUCAAGCCCCCAACUCCAGAGCUUCCUGCCGGAGCCCCAUGACAGGCCCCUGGCCCUGCCUCUGUCUGACUCCCAGAUUCGGUGGUUCUACCAGGCCCUGAACCUCUCACUACCCGUCCCCAAUUUCCAUGCUGGGAAGGAGCCUGAUGGCCUGGACCCCGUGGUCACAUUGCCCCUGAACCUGGGCUUGUCUUUUGCUGAGCUGCGCCGCAUGUACUUGUUCCUCAAUAGUUCAGGACUUUUGCUUCUUCCCCAGCCUGGACUCUGACACCUCACCCUUCCUGAAUUCCACUCUGUGCAAGUAUCUUUCUGUAACACCCUCAGCAUCCUGCACUGCCCUCUCUGAAAACACCCAUAUUCUUUGGUCACUGUGAUUUCUUAGGCCUCCCUCUGUUGUACCACUAGCAUCUAUAUGACUUUGGUGUAAUUUUCUCUCUCGAA